AUGCUUGCUACAGUGGUUCUUCUUGUGCUGAUCGAUGUUGCAUUCGCCUUUCAGUGUUCGCCAGACACCAUCUUGAGAAUGGCGACUGAUAAAAGAGUGAAACAGUUGGAAAGAGAAUGCCAUCUUGCAAAGACAGGCGAAGCAGAAUGUGAGACAAGAAACGAUGUAGAAAAGGCGUGGAAUGACUUCACAAAGCUUGAAGAUGAGUACAAGGAGGCGGUGAAAAAAUGCAGAGAGACUGCUUCAAAAUCAACAAGAAGUCGGCGAGCUCACCAAAAACGCCACUUAUCUCAUCGCAAGAUGACAGAAACAGUUGGAGAAAAGAUGCUUCCCGAAGGUGAGCGGUUCGGCGCACCUCAUCCGAUUCGCACAAAAAGGCAAGCCUGCAAAACGAAAGCGUCACAGGAGUUAAAUCAACUAGCACAGGACUUCAGCGCCCAUUGCGAGAGGGACAACAUGUAC